CCCGAGUCUAGACUCACUUUUUCCCACCCUUCUCAAAACUCUUCUUCUCUUUCAACUCCCAUGAAUUUCUGUCUAGUUCUAAUAAAUACGUACACGCGGAGAACUAUACGCAGAUGUAAACCUUGAAGACAUUCUGUCCAGCGUUUUUUUGCACGUUUGUGGGGGACCAAAAUGAGCACAAAUAUCGAGCAGCGAUCUACAAUUGAACCCUCCGGUGUUCAGACCACAGUACCAGCUACUGCAUCUUCAGCAGCAAGUAGUAGCUCAAAGAUAUCCAUGUUUACUGCAAAAUCAGGUUUUGUAAUACCUAAAAACAAACUAUCAGGUUCAUUGGUUCCCAUCUUCCGAGGUAGUAAAAAGACAGGAGGCAGUGAUGUGGUGAAUGAAGAAAGUACUAAAGAGGUUCAGAGGAAAACAAAAUGGGGCACUGACCUGACACAGGAUCCUGCUGUUAGAAAAGGAAUAGCUUUGGCUUAUCAGAUUCGAGUGGAUCAAAUUACGAAACAGCUGACUCUGGGAAUUCUGGAGGCAGAGGACAAUGAAGACUCACCAUUACCAGCCCAGGCUGAUCCUCAAUCUUCAUUUGAUCGAAAUAAUACUGAGGAGUCAGACUUGUUGGAACUUGAAAAGCGGGAGGCUAUUGGUGAGAUACUGAAGUUGAAUCCAAGCUACAAGGCCCCACCAGAUUAUAAACCCUUGCUGAAGGAAGCUAAAGUUUCUGUCCCAAUCAAAGAAUUUCCUGGCUACAACUUCAUUGGCAUAAUUUUUGACCCUGCAAGUGAUACUCAGAAACGAUUGGAAAAGGAAACAGGAGCUAAAAUUCGAGUCUAUGGUACCAAAGCACGCAAGGGAGAGAAGGUUGAAAUUACCUUGUCUGAUGGAAAUGAAGCCAAGGGUACUUUCGAAGAAUUGUAUGUUCAGGUAUCUGCCGACACGUAUGAGAAGGUUGAUGCCGCAGUUGCCCUAAUUGAAAUGCUUGUCACCCCAGUUUCAGUAAACCAAUCAGCUGUUUCCACAACACCAACUUCAGUUUCUACCGAAAACACAGCUGUUGUUGAGCAAAGUCAGGGUAUAUCCACCCCUAAUACCACCCCUCCCUUUGGGGUGAACCAGGAACCGGCAAAUCCAAUGAUGGGGUCUGCUCAAGCUCCACAAGCUCAGUUUCAGCCAUACCAAGGUUCAUGGUUCCCAGUGGGCCCACCUCAGACUCCUACACAUCCACCUUCUGGGUUCGUUCUCCCUCCAAAUGCCAAUCAAGUCCAACCAUCUUCAACCCCUUUUAAUCCCUCACAACACAUGCCUUCACUAUUUGGACCUCGACCAUUUCCGUCACAAAACCCAUCUCUUGGUCUCUCCAGACCACAGCAAGCAGUUUUACAGCGCCCUUUCAUGGUUCAGCCGCCUCCCUUUGGUCAAUAUGGCCCACCAAGAAAUCCUCAACCUGGUGUUUCAGCGCCACCUCCAUUUAUGGGUAAUCAACCUUCUUCAACAGGGCAUUCCCCGAUGGCAAGGACAUUAGGGCCUUCACUAUCUCAACACAUGCCCAUAACCACAUCAGGAUCGCUCCCCACAUUGUUUCCUUCUCAAGGGUUCCGAACCAUGACUUCUCAACCCAUUAUUGGAUCAGGAGCUCCGCCUUCUAACAAUUCAACAGUCAAUAUGGUUUCACCUAGACCGAUGCAAUCUUCGUCACCUAUUCCACCAUUGCAACUUUUUAUGGCGCGGGCUGCAACACCGAAUCCAACCCCAAAUCCUUUAUUUGGAUCCAACCCAAUUGCUCCACCAGUGGCAUCCACAUCAACACCACCACCACCACUACCACCGCCUUCACAAGGAGGAAUUCCUAGUUUUACUCCUAUAAAACCACAACAUCCAAUAGCUGGUGAUUUUACUUUUCAGCCGCACUGGCCCCACAAUUCAGCCUCUCAAGCAGUUCCAAGGCCUGGCACUCAGCCUAUGAUGCAAAAUAUGCGGCCUACCAAUCCGAUAGCACCUCCACCUCAGCUGCCUCAAUCUCCAUCUUUCCGGCCCGCCAUACAACCAUCCUCCUCACAACCCCUAAUGCAAGGUGUCAUCCCAAGACCACAGCUUAGCAACCAGAUGAAUCCAUUUGCUGGAAAUCCAACGGCCAACUCAGCUCCACUUAGAAAUCCAUUAUUUCCGAAUCCAACUCCGAUGCCACCAAACUCUGUUGGCCCUCAAAUGGGACUGCGAAAUUUAAAUCAAACUCAUUUCCCUCAUAGGCCUGGAAUUCCGCUGCAGAUUCCACCAAAUUUUCAAGCCGCAGGAGGUCGGCCGCCGAACCAACAUCGUGGUGGGCCGGCUUUUGGGCUUGGAUCACAGCAAAUUUAUGAUCCAUUUUCACCCUCUUCUGCUUCUGCCGCGGCUAUUCAGGGAGGUGCUGUGCCAAAGAUGAGAAAGCAGGAGAGUGAUCCAGAAUAUGAGGACUUGAUGGCUUCAGUGGGAGUGAAAUGAGAUACUUUCAAGUUGCUACCCCUUUGGUUGGUAUAAGAGGUGUUGAUGGGCCCCUCAAAAGAUGAAUUUUCUUAGAAUUUUUAGAUUAUUAAUUGUGUUCGCGUUUGUAGUUUGUCAGGACUUAAUUUUCUUCUUAGUGACUUUGUUUUCUUCAUGUGUUGAUGAUUGUAUGCCCUUCAUUCCUUUUGUUGUGGUGGAUUGUAGAGAAUAUCAAUCACCAUAAAUAUGUAUCCUAGUGCUUAAGUCAUGGAAUUGCUAUCCGCAAUGUGCAGAUACCAGGAUGGUAAAACUGAGAUGGUAGCACUAUCUUUUCGGAUAGUGAUUUCUAAGACAAAACCAUGUGACUUGUUUGACUCA